UGCAAAUUUCAGCAUUUACGACCAAGCUCGUCAUGCACAGAAUUUUGGUUGGACAACAAACUAAACUCAUCAGCUACAGAAAAGACAGAACAACCUGCAAUGUCUACUGAAGAUAUUUCCAAUUCUUCAGACAACCACGUGAAUCACAAUUCACACGAACGGCACCAAUCUGUUUUAAUAGCAUUGUACUCUAUCGUGUUUGUGGGUGGAGUUAUUGGAGCCAGUAUUAUGUUAUGUCGAAUUCUGAAGAAUGACAAGAAUUCUAAGUCAUUUAUCAUUAUCAAUCUCUUAUUAGCACAUGUGAUUUUUCUUAUAACUGUGCCAUUUCGUAUUUCUUACUAUGCAAUUAAAGAAUGGAGGUUUGGGUUAGUUUUCUGUAAGUUAGUCAGUGCUAUUAUGCACAUUCAUAUGUACUUAACUUUUGCAUUUUAUGUGAUCAUCAUUAUCACAAGACUUCUUAAUGUCUUUCAAAAGAGGGAGAAACGAGAGGCUUACAAACCAUGGAAAGUAUUAGUGUUCAGUGUAGUUUUAUGGUUUGUGGUGACUGUAAUUAUUCUUCCAGUAUUUCUACUGAGAUAUGGUGGUAGUCUGGAAUAUGAUGAAAAUCAUUGUUUUCACUUUGAAAUUUCAUCAGAAACUGUCAAGCGAAUCAAUUACAUUUUAAUUUGCAUAACAAUAUGGACAAUUACCAUUUUGCUCAUCUGGCAGACAGGUAUAAUGUUAAAUCUGGCUUUCAAGCAUGGCUCACAGACAUGUGCGCAUCAAAUCUUUCGUGCCCAACUAAAGACAUUAACAUUUAUACUGAUAAUGUUUGUGUUUUUUGUUCCUUAUCUUGGAUUCAGAGCAUAUUACAUCAAAGAAUCUAAGAAUUGUUCAUCAAUUAUGUAUACACUUAAUGAAGCAGGUUUAUCCAUUACAGGAAUGAGUUGUUUUGAUUUGUUAAUUUUUUGGAUAUGGUAUUCCAUUUAAAACUUUACCAAGCAGUGAGGCACUAGUCCAUGAAGACUGUAAACUGUAUGUAUUUAUUUGAUCAGUUUUGUUUAGGGCAAGUUGAACAUCCCAUACUUUGAAAUAUCAAAUCAAAUAGGACAUAGUUGGAUUAUAACAAUAAAUUGCUACUUGAGGUAUAAAUUUGGUAUCAAAGACAAUUGAGAAUUAAAUAAUCAUAAAAGCAAGUUCAUGACUCCAAUUCCCUGGAGCAUCGCUUUUGUGAAAGGUUAGCCAGGUUUUGUUUCACUCACUUAACUGUUAUCAAUGUGAUUUUUAAUGUUUCCUG